CUCUUCCUCCUGACUCCUCACUCUUCCUCCUCACUCUUCCUCCUGACUCCUCUCUCCUCCUCCUGACGCCUCCUCUGUGUGUGGCAGUCGUGUUCAUGUGUGGCAGCCGGCUGUACCAGAGGAACCCUCCUCAGGGAAACAUCCUGCUGGAGGUCUGCAGCUGCAUCGCGUUCGCCAUCAAAAGCCGCUGGCGGAGGUCGAAGAACGACUCCAAGAGGAAGCACUGGUUGGACUGGUCCGAGGAGAAGUACUCGAAGCGUCUGAUCCAGGAGAUAAAGAUGGUUCUGAGGGUUCUGGUCCUCUACAUCCCGUUGCCGAUGUUCUGGGCUCUGUACGACCAGCAGGGUUCCCGCUGGACGCUCCAAGCCACCCGGAUGAACAUGGCUGUAGGAGACUCCUUCAUUAUUAAGCCAGACCAGCUGCAGAUGCUUAACGCGCUGCUGAUCCUCCUCUUCAUCCCCGUCUUCGACCUCGCCAUCUAUCCGCUGGUCGGCCUCUGCAAGAUCAACAUCACGCCUCUGAGGAAAAUGGCCACCGGGAUGAUCUUUGCGGCGCUGGCCUUCGUGGCGGCGACGCUGGUGGAGGUGAACGUUGUGCGGUCGGUGGUGCCGCCGGUGCCGGAGGGCAACUUCCUGCUGCAGGUGAUCAACGUUGCCGACGGCGACGUGAUGCUGAAGAUCCCCGGCAGCGACGCCUUCCCGGACCCCGUCCCUCGCCUCCAGGACCCCCCCUCAUACGAGACCCUCUCGGCCUCCGGAGACGAGCUGAAGCUCCAGCUCACCUUCAGCGGGAGGCCGUCUGAGUGCAGCUUCAGGCCGGAGCAGCGGGAGGCCUACAGCCUCAUCCUGUACCCGGACGCCACGGGGGUCAGCUGCACACGGGUGACGGACCACAUCGGGAAGAAUCAAGACGGGAAUCCUCUGCUGAGGUUCCUCAACACGCUGCCGCACAGCGUGAACCUCACCGUGGGAGCGCUGACCUUCCACGUGACCUCUGGCUUCAGCAUGUCUGCCAACAGCACCGUGGACCGCGGGCGGUAUCCAGAUGUGAGCUGCUGCUCGGCUGCGGGCUUCUGCUCGCACGUGGACCUGGGCCUGCUGGACUUUGGAGCGUCGUACACUGUCGUCCUCACCGAGGACGCGGGGAAGGUCGUGGCUCACAAGAUGGAGGACGUAGAGGCCAACGACGUGCACAUCGCCUGGCAGAUCCCCCAGUACGUCCUCCUCACCAUGGGGGAGGUCAUGUUCUCCAUCACGGGCCUGGAGUUCUCCUACUCGCAGGCUCCAGCCAACAUGAAGUCGGUGCUGCAGGCCGGCUGGCUGCUCACCGUGGCGUUUGGCAACGUGAUCGUGUUGAUCGUGGCUGAAGGGGCGGGGCUUGAACAGUGGAAGGAGUUCCUGCUGUUCGCCGGCCUGCUGCUGGCCGUCUUCUUCGUGUUCUCCUUCAUGGCGCAUUUCUACACCUACGUGGACCCCGAUCAGCGGGACAAGAAGUACCGGGGGGAUUCGGGCGCGGACGACGAAGACGUGAAGUCCGACGACCUUCAGCUGAACAAAACGGGGCGCAGCACCAGAUUAUAACGUGUGACGACGAAGUAUCUGAUACCGCUCGCUUCACUUGUAAUGUUUUAGUCACGUAAUUAAAUUAAGUUGCACCGUUAUUACACCUUUGUAUCGCUUAUGACUCGGUGUUUUUCUCCUACGGAGCUCAGUAACAAUUAAAACAAAGUCAUUGUACUAAAACUAACAGAAAAGUACCUGUUUUGACUCGGUGUGAGAGAAUAAAGCAGCAAGGCGCAAACAUGUCGACUGAU